CCGAACCUUGCGGUCCUUGCCUCUACAUGUACUAUGCUCGUGAAAUCAAUUGUGCACUAUAUUGUUAUGAUGCCGUCGUUUCUGUGAUAGGUGCGUCUAUAUGGCCCAUCAUGUAUCAUGCAUCAGUGCCCCUUCAAGGCUUUAUAUUUCCUUCGGCAAUGGGCUAUGGCCGAUACUACAUCAUGAUUAGUGCUUCAAGAAUCCGGUCAACGUGUUGGCUAUGCUUUGGUCAAGGCUAUUCGGCCCAUACCAGACGCUCUCUGUUUUCUCCCACCUACUUCUUACACCCUCCGAUACCAACUCUAGUUCUCGACAUUCUAGACGAUUUGG